UCAGACCGUGCACAACAGCUGCCCGUGACAAGCCCCAGCUUAACGCGCAAUUCAAAGCCAGUGAACAGAAAUACGAGAGUGGAAGCCAAGCUCGUCUGCAAAUAUUUAUAAAAAAUAUAUAUUUAAAAAAAAACUCUGAAAAAACCCAAAAACUCAACUGCAAAAUGCAAGUGGAAAAAGUUUGUGCCACCAUCGCGGUAUUUGCCAUCUUUGCCUGCGUCGUGGAUGCAGCAAUUUACUCCCAGCCUGCCAUCUUUCAUCCUGCUCAUCCCGGCAAAUGCUUCGACAAGUUCACCCGUAAGGCCCUGCUGCCCGACAAGGAAUACAAGCCGAAGGGCAUCUGCGCCGCUAUGACUUGCAACCUGGAAGCCCGCGAGAUCAGCAUCGAGACCUGUCCCUAUGUGGAGGCACCUGGCUGCGAGGAGCUGCCCAGCGACCCCAACUGGCGGUUCCCCAAGUGCUGUCCGCAGUUCAAGUGCGUUGACUUCAAGACCGGCAAGGACUUUAUUGUCUCGCUGUAGAAACCAAGUGCGAGAGGUGGCUGGCAGCCGCAACUGAAACGUGAUUUUACAUAAAAUGUAUUGGUAGUUUUUUAGACCCCGCGAAUGAUAGAGUGUCUGUGUGAGCAGGUGAAUGUGUGUGUGCGAUGUGUGAUUCAUUCUUAAUUUAUUUAUUGUAAUUUGUACAUAACAACAUAAAACAGCAUAAAGCCCUUUCCCCCCCGUCAUGUUUUCAUGUGUGAACAUAAUGCAAUUUGUUUUGAUUUAUUCAAAAGUCCCUGUAUGCGAUAUUUGCAAGUAUGACUAACUGUAAACAAACUAUGUUUAGUUCGUAAGGUUUAAGCGAAUAAACUAAUAAUAAACAAAU